ACUUACUGUACUCCCCCGAGCCUGUUGUGCUCAGUGCUGCUCGGAAAUUGAAUAGACUCAUUUCUGUGAGUUGCUAAGACAAGUUUUUUUGUUCUUGCUCCAGUCUGUAGAAGAAGAAGAAGUCGAUAAAAAAUGGAGUACAGAAGAAAAGUGUUUCUUGCUGCAAUCAUUUUCAGAGCUGUCUGCUACAAAGUGACUGCACAGGAUACAAGAGUAUUGGAUGUCCAAAAGACCACAGAUGUUGUAGAUGACCAGUACAAUGGAUGCCGUGAAGAGGCCAUGAAGAAGUUCGUUGAGUCAGGAGUGUUAAAACAAGAACUAAAUAACAGUGAAGGAUUUCAGAAAGCAUGGAAUAAAAGUAACGAGUGUUCAAAGCAGAUCCCUGGAGGAAGAAAAGAGCAUACUGCUGCACUUUCAGUCUAUCUUAAAGGAGAUCGGCCUUUCAUACAAACACUGAACAAUGCAAUAGAGACAAUGGGUGGAAAUGUUAGCAUCUAUGAAAACCACUUCCACUUCAAGUCUCUUCAUUUCCUGCUGAUGGACUCCAUGAGGCUGCUGAAGCCAAAGGACUGCAAGAACUUUUAUGUUCUGCUAAGUGGUCAAAACCAACCACAGAAAGGCUCCACAGUGAGAUUUCCAAGUUUCACCGUAGCUCAUUCAAACUAUGAAGCGCCAAACAAUUAUUAUGAUCUGUUUGAGGACAUCGUUUUAAAGAUCACAUCUUGUUUCUUUGUCAACCUGGAAGAACACAUUUGCACUAAAGCAGAGGAUACAUUUCUCUUAUCUCCAGCAGAGGUUUUCACUGUGGAUGGCGUAAAUAGCAAAACUAUGGAGGAUGGUGAAGAAUAUGUUGAGAUUGUUUUGAAACAUUCAGGACUGAAAAGCUCACACAACUGUUUUAUCUUUCCGAGGGUCUCAGGAGAGCUGGAACCUUUCACAGCUGUCACAGAGAGAGAUAGGUCUCCUCCAGCUGUUGUCUCCACCCUGUGGCUUCUAUCAGUGCUUGUGGCCUUAUCUUUGUUUUCUUUAACUGUUUAGCAAAAACAGUUAUCAUUUAGAAUUUUAUCAUCUACAAUGCUGCUUUGUUUAUUCUUGCAGUUGUUUGGACUUUGUCUGGCAGAUUGUGCUAUCUGCCAAAUAAGUUUGAUGUGCUCUUUGCUGCUCUCCUUGCUCCAGGGCUUUCUUGCACUCUGUAGAAGACUAAGAGGCCAAAAAAUGGAGAACAGAAGAAAAGUGCUUGUUGCAAUAAUUUUCACAGCUGCCUGCAGCAAAGUGUCUGCACAGGAAACAAGACUACUGGGUUUUCUAAAUAACACAGAUGUUGUAGAUGACCAGUACAAUGGAUGCCGUGAUGAGGCCAUGAAGAAGUUCAUCGAGUCAGGCGUGUUAAAACAAGAACUAAGCAACAGUAAAGGAUUUCAGAAAGCGUGGAAUAAAAGUAACGAGUGCUCAAAGCAGAUCCCUGGAGGAAGAAAAGAGCAUACUGCUGCACUUUCAGUCUAUCUUAAAGGAGAUCGACCCUUCAUACAAACACUGAACAAAGCAAUAGAGACAAUGGGUGGAAAUGUUAGCAUCUAUGAAAACCACUUCCACUUCAAGUCUCUUCAUUUCCUGCUGAUGGACUCCAUGAGGCUGCUGAAGCCAAAGGAGUGCAAGAACUUUUAUGUUUUUCAAGAUGGUCAAAACCAACCACAGAAAGGCUCCACAGUGAGAUUUACAAGUUUCACCUUAGCUUAUUCAGACUAUGAAGAGCUAAAGAGACUUGAAGAUGUCGAUGAGAAUAUGAUUUUACAUCUCACUUCUUGUUUCUUUGUCAACCUGAAAGACUAUGUGUGCGGCCAAGAACUGGAUGAAAUACUCUUAUCUCCAGCAGAAGUUUUCACUGUGGAACAAGUGGAGACAAAAACUACAUCGGAUGAUGACGAAUACCUUGAGAUUGUUUUGAAACAGUCAGGGUUGAAAAGCUCCCACAACUGUUACAUCUUUUCACGGUCUCCUCCAGCUGUUGUCUCCACCCUGUUUCUUGUAUUAGUGUUUGCGGCCUUAUCCUUAUCUGUUUAGUAAAAACAGUUAUCAUUUUCUACAAUACUGCUUUGCUUAUUUGUGUAAUUGUUUUUCAUAAUUGAUCUGGCAGACUGUGGUAUCUGCGAAAUAUAAUCAAAUAUAGUUUUCUGGUUCCUUUUGUGUUAUGAAGUCAUGUGUUUGUAUGUCAACAACGGUGAUUGGAUGUCCAGAGAUAAAACUGGUGGAGAAAGAAGGGAGAUGCAAAUCGGUAAAUAAAUAUAAAAAAGCGUGUUUUGCUCCUGUUAAAUUGCUCUAAUAAAACAUCCAGCAUUCAAAAAGU